AUUUUACCACAUACGACACUAGAAACUGUGUUCUCUCCAUGUUAUGAUUCGUGUAAUUAAUAUACCAGUGUUAUUAGCAUCUGAAGGAUAACAUCCGAAUAAUUUAUAUAUCAUACAGUAAACUCUCUAAGAGGACAGCUUGAUUUCUUUUUUCUUUUUUGCACAGUCGUUGUCUGUUUCUCGUCGGACGGGUAAAGGAACGGAAACUAAACAGCCACGUAGUAAACGGCGGAGCUCACCGAAAGGUCAUCAGACAGUAAAGUGUUCCUUGGCUCAGACACGUUCCUGGGGAGCCUCCGUCCCCAGAAAAUGCUUUAAAUAAGACGUCAUUUGCAAUACAGCGCCCGCUGCGCCGUGACUGUUGCUCUUCUCGGUGGAAGUGGAUCGUGGUGGUAAAUCGGAGGCUGUUGAGAUGGAGGCCAGUAGAGAAGACCAAGUAAUAAGAUGUGAGGAAGAGGGGGACUCCACUGUGGAAGUCAACACACUCAAAAAAGGGCUGGAGAGCAUCCAAAAGACAAAUGAGCUUCUUAACGGUCCUCUCUCUUCAGACGCGCUGCCAAACGGGAACGGACCGGCAGACGGCCUCGGUGCCGCCGGAGGCACCCUUCCAAACGGAUCCCCUCCGCAGAGCAGCAGCUCUCCCAUCAACCCGCCGAGCCAAGAGUCCUCCCCAGGUGUGGCUGCUUAUCCACCCAUGACGGUAGAGAAGGCUGAGGGCUCUAGUGCUGAGGUCAAGGUUCACAAGGGUGACGCUUUGCAGUCCCUCAAACUCAGUAUGCCUAUGCAGGAGACUGAACUGUCCAACCAGAAACCAUGCCUAGAGAUGGAAAACGAGGAAAAGAUUCGCCUGGAAGCUCGCCGGCGUCUGGAAGAGCAACUCAAACAGUACAGGGUUCAGCGGCAAAAGGAGAGGGCUCAUCGUACCCCUAAAAGCCGGCCCUUCAGUACUCUAGAUCCUGAACUAAUGCUCCAUCCUGAGGCGCUACCGCGCGCUAAUACUGUUGCCAUGACCAAGGAGUAUUCUUUCCUCCGGACCAGUGUUCCACGUGGCCCCAAACUGGGCAGCCUUGGAAUUCCUCCCAGCAAGGAGAAGAAAUCCAGAUCUCCACGUCCCAGUAAGAUUCAUUCCUUAGCUGACUACAAGUCUCCUGAGAGCGACGGCGGAGGGGGAGGCGGCGGCGCUGGAGGCGGGGGCAUGACCUCAGCAGAUGUCAGCCGGUCCUCCAUCAGCUCCGUGUCCACGCUGUCAGAAGUCAGCACGCUGUCAGAGAGCAGCGCAUGCGAGACGGACUCGAAGGCCAGCACUUCGCUCCAGCUCAACGACAACAGCUCGGAGAUGGAUGGCAGCGAAGCCGGAGCGAAGCCCGGCAACGACGGCAACGACAGCGACAGCUCCUCCUACAGCAGCGUGUCCACGAGGGGAACCUAUGGGACGCUCUCGGCCGCCGUGGAACGGCAACAAGGGCCGUACACGGUGGAGGGGAGGGAGAUCGCCCCCGAGGCCAUGGGUCAGUUCCCGUCGCUGCAGGAGGUGCUGCAGGCGGCGAGCGACGAGCAGCACCUGCUGGAGAUGGAGAGGGAGGGAACGGGAGAGUCGCGCAGCCGGAGGGACAGUUUCUCCAGCAGCGUUUCUUUGGAGAGUUCAGUGAUGGGUCACGAUGAGAUGCUCCAGGUGCUAAAAGAGAAAACGAGGCUCGAGGGGCAACUGGAAUCCUUGUCAUCUGAAGCCAGUCAGGCUCUCAAAGAGAAGACAGAGCUCCAGGCCCAGCUUGCAACAGUGAACGCUCAGCUGCAGGCCAAGAGAGAAGAGGCUCAGAUCAGCCAGGAGAGGCAAAGUGCUCUCAGCUCAGAAGUCGGCACGCUCCGCCAAAACUGCAGACAGCUAGAGAAGGCUAUGGUGGAGCUCCAGGGCAGUUUGGAGAGCAAGAACGCCAGUUUGACCUCUCUAAGCAACGACCUGAAAGUUUCUGAAGACCAAUACAACCGGCUGAUAGCGAAGGUGGAGGAGCUGCAGAACACGAUGACUUCAAGGGACAACUCAGUUCAUGACUUGCGUCAGCAGAUGUCGGGCCUCCAGGGUCAGCUGCAGCAGGUCCAGCUGGAGCGCAGCACCCUCCAGAGCCGACUGAAGACCUCCCAGGCUGAGAUCGACUCGCUGCAGCAGGUCAGGCAGUGGUACCAGCAGCAGCUGGCGCUGGCCCAGGAGGCCAGGGUGCGACUGCAAAGCGAAAUGGCCAACAUGCAGGCGGGGCAGAUGACUCAGUUUGGCGCCAUGGAACACCUGAAGCUGGAGAACGUGACACUUUCCCAUCAGCUGACCGAGACCCAACACCGCUCCAUUAAAGAGAAGGAGCGCAUCGCUGUGCAGCUGCAAAGCAUUGAGGCCGACAUGCUGACGCAAGAGGCCGCCUACAAGCAGAUCCAGGACGCAAAAACCAUGGUGGAAGACGACCUGCAGCACAAACUGGAGGAGUUUGAGGAAGAGCGAGAGCGCCUGAUAAAGCUGGCUAACACAGCGACAGCUCUGGAGAGGGAACUGGAACAGGUCAAGUUGACACUUUCCCAAAAGGACUUGCAGCUGCAGUCGCUUCAGAAAGAACAUCUGGAGCUGAUGCGCCAGCUGACGACAACUCAGGAGACGCUACAAACCAAAGAGCAGUCCAUCAACCAGCUGGAGGCCAGGUACCAGGAGCUGGAGGCCCAGCUGGCCGAGCUGCAGACGGAGAGCACCGCCAAGGACGACACCAUCCAGUUCCUCCAGAACGAGAAGAUCGUCCUGGAGGUGGCGCUGCAGGCCGCCAAGGCCGAUAAGAGCCAGCUGGACGAGGGGGCCGAGCGGCUGGGCGAGGACGUCCUGGUGGCCUCGGACGUCCUGGACCAGCUCAGACAAGAAGUCCAAAUCAAAGCCAGUCAGAUUGAAUCUCUGCAACAAGAGAAUAAUUCUCUGAAGAAACAAGCGCAGAAAUUAAAGGAGCAGUUCCAGCAACAAAAGGUGAUGGUGGAAGCGUACCGUCGGGACGCCAUCUCCAAGGACCAGCUCAUCAGCGAGCUGAAGUCCACCAAGAAGCGCCUGCUGGCUGAAGUGAAGGACCUGAAGCAGGAGCUGCUGAGCGCCCAGGGCGAGAAGCAAAAGGCCGAGCUGGAGCAGGCCCGCUUGCAAACUGAGGUGGCCAGAGUCCAGGAGCAGAUGAACAACAUGGAGGCCCAUCUGCAGGCCAUUCAGACGGAAAGGGAUCAGCUUGAAACCCAAAUUCAGUCCCUGCAGUUCGAUCAGAGCCAGCUCACCGCCGCGACUCAAGAGAAUGAGAGCUUGAGGAAACAGGUGGAGCAGAUGGAGGCGGAAGCCAAAAAGGCCAUCUCGGAGCAGAAGGUGCGCAUGAAGAGGCUGGGAACGGAUCUGACCAGCGCUCAGAAGGAGAUGAAAGCCAAACACAAAGCCUACGAGAACGCCGUGGGCAUUCUGAGCAGAAGGCUCCAAGAGGCUCUGACCGACAAGGAGACGGCGGAGGCAGAGCUAGCCAAGCUCCGCGCCCAGCUGUUGGAUGGCGGAAACAGCCAGGCCUUACAGGAAAAAAUUGAGGCUUUGCAAGCCGAACUGCAGACUGUCACAAAGAGCAAGACCAUGUUGGAAAAGGAGUUACAGGAAGUGAUCACUCUCACCUCCACGGAGCUGGAGGAUUACCAGGAGAAGGUUCUGGAGCUGGAGGAUGAGCUCCAGGAGUCACGCUGUUUCAAGAAGAGGAUCCGGAAGUUGGAAGACGCCAACAAGAAGUUGGCGCUCGAGCUGGAGCAUGAAAAAGGGAAACUCGCUGGUUUGUCACAGUCCCAUAAUGCACUGCGGGAGCACGCUAACAUUUUGGAAUCUGCCUUAGCAAAGAGGGAGGCGGAUCUCGUCCAGCUAAACUUGCAGGUCCAAGCUGUUCUUAAGAGAAAAGAAGAGGAGGACCAACAAAUGAAGCAGUUGGUUGAGACUUUACAGCUUGCUCUGGAGAAAGAGAAAACCAAAGUGAAAGACUUGAAGGAACAGGUGGCAGCAGCAAAGGCAGAGGCAGCCCAUAACAGGCGGCACUACAGGGCGGCCAUGCUUGAGCUGUCGGAGAUCAAGAAGGACCUGCAGGCCAAAGAGGACCUGGUGAAAGCUCUGCAGAGCGAAGCUCAGAAACUACAGGCUCAGGACGACCAGCACGCUCAGGAUGUUUCCAGGUUCCAGCAGGAGCUCGCUGAGGCUCAUUCCCAGCUCCAGAUCCUGCGGAAACAACUCGAUGAGGAACUCGCUAAGCAGCCCCUCACCAACCAGGAGGUUGAGGACCUGAAGUGGGAGGUGGAGCAGAGGCAGAGGGAGAUUGAAGCACAGAAGCAGCAGGUGGAGAUGAUGGAACAAAGCCACCACAGAGAGCUGGACAACUUACAGAUCGCCCUGCAGAACAUAAAGGUGGAGCUGGACACCGUCCAGGAAGAGCUGAGCAGCACCAGGAAGGACAAGUUCAUGCUUCAGGCCAAAGUGGGCGAGUUGAGAAACAGCAUGAAGACCGUCCUGCUGCAGAACCAGCAGCUCAAACAAGACCUCAAACAGACUCGUCUCAGGAAGCAGCAGCGGAUGGAGCUGAAGAGUGACGGGAACCCAUCAAACCCAGUAACCCCAGUUAAGAUCCCAGACUGCCCGGUGCCUGCCUCGCUGCUCGAUGAAUUACUGAAACCGUCAACUUCCGUAAACAAGGAACCUCUGAACAACCUGCACAACUGUCUACGACAACUAAAGGAGGAGAUGGACAGCCUCCAGAAGCAGAUGGAGGAACACACAGUGACUGUAAAUGAAUCAAUGAACUCAUGGACAAACGCAGAAGAGGAACUGGCUCAACUGGGAUUUGACAACAAUACCUCCAACUCGCCAAGUGCGGCAAAACGUGUUGUGGAAAACAAUAACGAAGCAGAACAGCAGCAAUCAUAACUACACAGCCCUUUCUCAGAGGAAGCGGGACGGGGGGGUAUUAUCCACAAAGGCACUUUUGAACCCCCAUACUCGCUUUCUCUAAAAAGAAAUUGCUGCCAACAUUUGGCAUUCCUCCCUUCAGCACUCAAGUGCUUUUGCAGAGUGAUACUUUCUAUACCACAGCUUUAUUUUUUUGUGUUUAUUUUAUGGGUUAAAUUUAUGUUAUGCAUUUGUCACAUUUAUUUAUUAAGACUUAAGAAAUUAGAAUGUUUGAAAAUAAUUUCCUUAUGAGGAUCCCCCCUGUAAAAGUUUCAGAAAUGGCAUAAAGAUGAAUCCUGUCCCUCACAAAUUAGCUAGUUUUCUCCACUAGAUUCCAGUAAGUCCUCCCUCCCUCCUUGCAAAAUCGGUGGCGUCGAUGCUGCUCAGCGAUGAAUCGUGAUUUUAAGAAGAGCUUCUGACAGAAACUACAUCCUGUUCUUCCAUAUAUUCGUGCCUGUUUUCUUGUGACGUUUCCCAUCUGCUGUUUUGCUAACACCGACUUCGGUUUGUAAUGAAACUGUUAUCACUCCUUUUCGUAAAGUUAGACGUCAUGUACAGCUGGCGCUCAGACUUUUUUUUUUUUUUGGAUUGCCUCCUGUUAAAAUGCAGUGUUUGUCAGGUAAUCAUAUCAACUUUUAUUUCCAACCUGUAAAAAUAUUUCUGUUAUGUUAGUCUAACAUGAACUGCAGUAAUUUGUAUGCAAAAAAAGCCUUAAGCAAUGUUAAAAAUGCUGUACAGGACAAAGCUGUUUGGAAUGCGUGUCUUUUCUGGUCAGAGUGUGUGCAAAAUGAGAUGUUAUUGUACAGGUGAACUAAUCCUUACUGAAGAGCAGUUUAUUGUAAGUAAAACACAUGAAGAGAUAUUGCACACUAGAUGUUCAAGAAUGAACUGACAAAAUAAGCUGUUAAAAUGAAAUGAAAAGUUACAUCUACUAACAGCAGGUACUAUUGCUUGUUUAUUUUUGAUUGUUACAUUUGGUACUUACUGUAUUUACAAAAAAAAAAACUAAACUUGGAUUCACCAAAUGAUAUUGGUGAACUCUGUUCCUGGGGUUAUGGGAAGGUUCACUGUUUUUCAGAGGUUAAUAUAUAAAUAUGUGUCCUUUUUGUUAUAUUAAGUGAUCAGCUUUAUGAUGGAAUAACAAUUUUAAAAAAACCUGAUAUCGAAAUGCAAAAAGAGAUCUAAUGACAAAUCAACCAGGAUUUCAAUGUUAGGGUUGUGAUGGAUUGUUUCUUUCUGCAUGCAGUUGUGCUGCAGCCCUUUUGCUCCUGGAUUGUAAUUAUUAGUCCUAUGCUACUGUAUUCUUGUAAACUAUAAAAGGGACACCAAUAUUAAAUAAAUGCCUGUUCGGGGUAUUAAUAACAAAUGUACUCAAACUACACUAUUCAUUUAUUUUGGGACGUCUGUAUACUUACUCUGGCUGUUUUGUUCUUCUUUUCUCCCCCAAAGACUGGAAUUGUUCCCGAUGAAAUGUUUGUUUUGGAAAAUGUCAUCGCAUUCAUGAUAAAGAAAAUUGCACUAUUCA